GAACUCUCUAUGGUGCUGGCCACAACAUGUGGCGCCUGACAGGGCUCCUGGGGAGAGCUCUUCCCCGCCUGCUGGCACCUGGCUUUCGAAAGGCAACACCCAGGCCCACCAGUUCACAUGGGCCUCAGACAACCUUCACUACCCCGCUGCUUUCUAGACCUAGCCUUGACAGGUCAGGCUCUUAUGAUCCAAGGAGGAACAGAGAUCCAAAGUGCCAUGGGUGGAAAGAUGCCUUCCACUGGAUGUCUGCUCAUGUCUCCCCAAACACUCUUCGGGAUGCCAUCUCAUGGGGCACUCUGGCCGUGCUGGCCCUGCACCUGGCAAGGCAGAUCCACUUCCAUGCAUCCCUGGGAGCAGGACCUCAGCCAGCUGAAUGCUACUCUUGGCAGAGUCCCCUGUACCGCUUCCUCUCCUCUUCCUGGUGGCGGCACCCACACUCCUCACUUCAGAGGCAUGUUCUUCCCAGACCUGACUUCCCCACUCCCACAUACACUGGCCUCAGGGAACCAAGGCUGGGCCAAGAAGAACCCUCAGAUCAGCCACAGUGCUGCCCUUCAGACAACUCCCUGAGAGCUGGCCUGAACCUCCCUGAAGAAGAGCCCAGUAACUUUGACUUCCUGAAUGCCAGUGGGGACUUCACAUCCCAGGCAAAGACAACUGAGGCCUGCCCCCCUGGAGAAAAAAAUGAACAAGACAAGUCCAAGGCUCUUCCCCUAGAGGAGGCUGUGACUUCCAUCCAGCAACUCUUUCAGCUCAGUGUUGCCAUCGCUUUUAACUUCCUGGGGACAGAGAACAUGAAGACAGGGAACGACACAGCAGCCUUCUCUUACUUCCAGAAAGCCGCAGACCGAAGCUACAGCAAAGCACAGUACAAUGUGGGCUUGUGUCUUGAGUAUGGCCGAGGCACCCCUAGGGACCUCAGGAAGGCUAUCCUCUUUUACCACUUGGCAGCCAUCCAGGGCCACAGCCUAGCUCAGUACCGCUAUGCUCGGUGCCUAUUGCAAAGUUCAAGCUCUUUGUCAGACCCUGAGCGGCAGAGGGCAGUGUCUAUGCUGAAGCAGGCCGCAGACUCUGGCUUGAGAGAGGCCCAAGCUUUCCUUGGGGUGCUUUUUACCAAGGAGCCACACCUGGAUGAGCAGAGAGCAGUGAAAUACCUUUGGCUGGCAGCCAAGAAUGGGGACUCUCAAAGCAGAUUCCACUUGGGAGUCUGCUACGAGAGGGGCCUUGGUGUUCAGAGGAAUCUGGGCGAGGCUGUUAAGUGCUACCAACAGUCAGCAGCUGUGGGGAAUGAACCGGCCCGGGAGAGGCUUCGGACCCUCUUUAACAUGGAAGCAGCAGCCCCAGGGCCCAUCAACCUGACCAUGACAGGACUGAAGUCUUUCUCCAGUCCCUCCCUCUGUAGCCUGAACACCCUGUUGGCAAGUGCCUCGGGCCUCCCUCAUGCCUCAAGCACUGGGAACCUUGGCCUCCUCUGCAGAAGUGGCCAUCUUGGAGCCAGCCAGGGAGCCCCCAGCAGGACUAUCCCAUCCUUGGAAAUGAAUCUCAUGAGACUGGGUUUCGGCUAAGACCUCCACCUUAACAAUGGAGCCUGAGAGAGAGUUCUCAGAGAUAUUACAACUUGAUUCCCAAAGAGGAGGCCAGGUAGCUACUCACCUUCCUGGAAACCUUCAGCACCUCCCCAGCACCAUAAAGAAGAAUGCUGUAAUGACCUCAGUUCUGGCUCUGCCACUGGCCUGGCUGUGUCACCUGGAAGCAGUGACCUAAUUUUCUAACAUUCUUUUCUCAAUUGUAGACCAAGGAUAGUAGCAUGUGCCCUCCUGCCUUAAAGGACUGAGGUGCAGCCAUUUCACUGUAGAAAGGACCUUAGUCCUUGAUUAGGUUCCUGAAAGAGUGGUGCCCACACUUCUAUGGCCUUCAAAGUCAGAAGGCCACCAGGUGUGGUGUGAGCGCCUUUAAUCCUAGCACUUAGGAGGCAGUGGCAGGGAGAUCUCUGUGAAUUCAAAGCCAACCUGGUCCACAAAGAGAAUUCCAGGACACCCAAGGCUACAUAGAGAAAUGCUGUCUCAAAAAACAAAACAAAACAAGAGACCUGGAAGAGGAUCAAAGCUGACAUCAUGACUCCAGCCAAGACUUCUGGUCUGCCAGUUCACACUGUAGUGUCAUUUGAAAACAUUAUCAUCACCCUGCAGGUGUGGGGGUGUCAGUAGAGAUUAGACACCUGGAGUCUUGGAGUCAGAGAGUAGAGACCGUGAGUCCUUUUGGGGAAAGGUCAGGUAGGAAUGUACAAGUGUUUAAUAAAACAGAUGGUGGAUUAUCUCCUCA